AUGGAGAGCCAAUCCAAGAGGAAGUUAUCACCCAUUAGUCCGCAGUUCAUGAAGCCGUCGGAUGUGUUCAAAAAGCGCAAACAGAAACAAUUGUCUCAUUCCUCUCAGUCGCCAUCGAAGGUGUCACCGGCCAAGACAUGCGCCUACUCUCCGCUCAAGUGUCUCGAGAACUACGCGAACCCCACGGCGUCGCCGGCGAAGACAUUCUCGCCGUUCCGCCAGAAGCGGAGUCCCAAACGGAUCCGCAACGCCUUUCCCAUCAAGAAGUCGUCGCCGAAAGGCAAACGAAAGCUCAACUUCCAGACCAUCACCGACACGUUCAACGUCUUCAGCAUCGAUGAGAACGCCAACAUCGAGUCGACGGCGGCCCACACGUCGGCCACCGGCGCCGCCAAUGGCCCGCAUAAUAGGGACACAAAACAGCAUCUCAUUGACUGGACGCUGAAGACGCGGAUCAGAUUCGUGUCGAGCAAAGCGUUUGGCUUUCGCGGCAGCUUUCGGGCCACCGAAGAGUCGGCGGGUAUCAGCGGUUUCGUGCGCUGUCUGUCCGGUCAAGUGGGCGCCGGUGGCCCUACGGAUCAGCCAAUAGGCGCCGGCUGUGCGGAACAGACCUCACCUCAAGACUCGAUGGACACGAGUUUCGCGGCCCAACUCCACAAGCAGUGCCUCGUUUGGCAGCACCCGUGCCUCCCGUGGCUGACGCUAUUCCCGCGCAACGAGAACCCGAAGCCCGGGGCGCCGGUGCCGUCGAAAGCGCCCACCUUUUCGAUAGCGCCCAACACGCCCCUCGCCGACGCCCUGCACACCGAUUGGUGCAAAAGCGUGAAGUCGUUGUACCAGUUGCUCAAAGCCAAGCACUGCCCCUACUUCUACGUGUGCGCCAACUCGUUCACCGUACUGUUCCGCGCGUCGGGUGUAGCCGACUCGGACGACAUCCACGCCCUCAUGACCCCCACGACCACCGGCUUUAGGAAGUUGUUGACCGACGACGGCAUCAACUUUUCGAUGCCCUUCUGCGACAACAAUACGCCGCCCGUUAUGGCCGACGACAUGACGUCCGGUUUUGUGAGCAUUAACUCGAUGUCAGUCGUAUCGGAAAGUGUGGAUAAAACGCCUAAAACUCCGGAUGUUUGCGAUGGCGGUGAGGAUAAUGAGGAGCCGAACGCCUGGUUAGAGAGUCUCGGCUUAAGUCAACAGGACUUCCCGUCCCUGCAGUCUAAGCGCAAGAAUCGGUGUCCACAGAAUUCCGUGUCUAGAAUGAAGUCAUUAGUACUGAUCAAAGGCAUGUCAAACACGCAGCUAUUCCUCAACUUCUUGCUGAACACGCGUCUAUGUAUCGCAAACAGUGGCCCACUAAGUGGUGUACCGCCGACACUGCUGUCCCCCACGGCCUUCCACGGCUCGGCACUGCAAUCACUGAAAGUCAAGCAAACGGUGUCGGAGCUGACGGCCACCGAGUCGUACAAUUGCCUGGAAGUGAUGGGACCCAUACUUCCCAACUGUCUGAACGGGUUGGUGGAGCUGCUGAAGCGGACGCACGGCUCGUUCAAGGGGUCGUUCGCCACCUACGAGCCCACGAUGGCGUUCAGCGCCGUCACGGUGGCCAAGGAGGCCAACAACACGACGUCCAAAGCGUUCGCCAUCGAGAACCUGAAGGACUGCGGACUCGACAAACAGUUUCUGGCGAUUGUCUGCUCGGAUGAGUCCAGAGCUCAAGAACCCAUCAGCAAACUCGUGGCCAAGAACUCCAUUAUCUUAUAUAACCAUAACUUUUAA